AUGAGACGGCCGGCAUACUCUUCACCGUCGCUCUAUAGCAUUGCCAUGAAUCAGAAGAUCGACGUCGACAACCGGAUCUGUCUCCGCGUUUACUAUCGCACCGCCGAUAAUCUCCUCAAACAGGCAAAUAUAUACAGGGAGGAGAAGAACUUAAAAGACUUGUUUGUUAUGCUGCUAAGAUAUUCAUUUUUGGUGUCAGAAACCAUACCUUCCCAUAGCGAUUACCAGACUUUAUGUCCCAAAGAAAGAAGUUUACACAUGAAGAAAGUACAUGGCGUGCUAGAUGAGCUAGAGACGCUGAAGCCAAAAGUGAGCCGUCAGAUGUUUGAUCCCAUGACGCCUCCCUCAUCUUCAUUGAAGCUGCAACCUUCUCCACCUUCCAUUAUGGCUCGAGUGCAGCCAGAGGCACUUCCCGUCUCUCCAUCUAAAGUUGCGGACCCAAGGCCCGGCCCUCAUAAGCUCUCUGAGGACGGGCUGCCUGGUUCGAAUUCUUACCGGGAUCUUCACAUCCCUGUGAAGAUAAUGGAAGAUUUUUUAAAAUUGGCACGAGAAAAUACUGCAAAGAAUUUGGAAACUUGUGGAAUUCUUGUUGGUCCACUGGAGAAUAGUGCAUUUCGUAUUAACACGCUCAUUAUACCAAAGCAGACGUCUACUUCAUAUUCGUGUGAAGCGUUGAAUGAGGAGGAAAUUUUCGAUGUUCAAGCUAAGCAUUCUGUUUUUCCUCUUGGAUGGAUUCAUACGCAUCCUACACAAACUUGUUUCAUGUCAUCCAUUGAUUUGCACACUCAGUACGCAUAUCAGAUCAUGUUGCCAGAAGCAAUAGCAAUUGUCAUGGCUCCUACUGAUACAUCAAGUCCUCAUGGCAUAUUCCACCUUUCUGAUCCCGGGGGCGUUUCUGUCAUUCGAAACUGUCAACAGAGAGGUUUUCAUUCUCACGAAGAGCCUGAGGAUGGGACUCCCAUUUACGAGCAUUGUUCACAUGUUUAUAUGAAUUCUAAUCUCAAGUUUGACGUGGUUGAUCUUCGGCGAGACGAGCAACAAUCGACCCUUUUCAACAAGCAGCCGUCGGUUAUUUUUCUACGGACCCCAGCCAUUGCCGAGCCAGCACCUCGAGCUAUCGUCCUAACUGGAGCAGCGGCACUUUCGACCAUCAUCGGUCCCUCGCUGGUUUUCUUUUCGAGCAGCCCGUAUGUGUGA